AGUCAGAGUCAGAAGAGGGCAAUGAUGAAGCUACCGCGGUAGCAUGAACGUGAUGGAUGAAGCGCUUCACGACGACGACGAGCCCGCGCCUUUGUUGGUGCCGUACGCCGGCGGCGCUUCGCCAGUUGUCGCGGGCCCUGGCGGGCGCGCGAAGGUGCCGGUGACGAUCCUGUGCGGCUUCCUCGGCGCCGGGAAAUCGACCCUGCUCCGGCGGCUGCUCGCUGGCGACCACGGCCUGCGUAUCGCGGUCGUCGAGAAUGAGUUCGCUGACACGCGAGGUCUCGAGAGUGUGCUCGUUUCCGAGGGCGCGUGCGCUCUCAGCCCCGACGGGGCCAUCGUCGAGCUACGGAAUGGCUGCGUCUGCUGCUCUGUCAAGGACGAGCUCGCGACGGCACUGGAGGACCUCGUAGCCCGCGCGGCGCGGCCCCUCGACGCGAUCGUAGUCGAGCUCAGCGGCGUCGCCGACCCCGGGCCCGUCGCAGCCGCAUUCUGGCUCGACGAAGCCCUCGAGUCGUCCGUCGAGCUCGACUCGAUCCUUUGCGUCGUCGAUUGCGUCCGCGGCCGCGAGCUACUUGCGUCACGGGGCGCCGGCGGCUUCGAGGCGCGGCGCCAGGUCGCGCAUGCAGAUCGUAUAGUGCUCAACAAGUGCGACGCGGCCCCAGCGCUUGCCGUAGACGUAGCCGCGGCCACCGUCACCGGUCUCAAUCCCGCCGCUGACGCACGUCGCGCCGUGCGCGGUCGUGGCGACUUCCCCAUCCGCGGCUGGCUGGUCGCGUCAGGCUCCUUCGCAGCCGCUGCGCGGUCCACGAGCGCGAUGGCUGCUGCCAUGCCGGGCGCCUUUGCCUUUGCGCACAAUGGUGUCGCAUGGGGCGCUGCCACCGCAACGCUCGACCGCGUUCUCGCUGUCGACGCGCGGACACGCGAGCGGCACUUUCGACCUUGGGGCGACUUGGGGACUUCGCUACGACUGAGUAUUUCAGCUAUCGACGGGCUAUGACACCCGCCUGAGCGUCGGCCGCCGUGACCGCGACACUGAGGAGCUCGACACCGUGCAACCGUGGUCGCGCGAUUUUUCGGUCGAGCGCAGGCGCGGAAGCUCGAGCACCUCCUCGGUGCCUACCUCUGGCAGGAUAGCGGCGAGCGGCGCGUUUUUCGCGCCAAGGGUGCCGUCUACACGACGAGUGGGCUCGCAUGCGCCGGCGCGGAGCUUGAAUCACAAGCCGAGGGCGAUUGAGCUUCGAUGCGCAGUAUUCUCCCAGGUGCUCGUUCAGGGCGUCGGCGACGCGUUCGAGGUCUCGCCGCUCGUCGCCGCAGACACCAUCCCAGCGUCUGUGCUCACGCUCAUCGGCGUCGGCCUGCGGGACGAGCCACUCGGCGAUCGGCUCCGUGCAUGCCUCCCCGACGACGGCUCUCAUUGAGCUCUGCCGACGACGGCGCCCACCGGCGCCCACCAACAAAAUAAGCGGGUCGAGCGGCGCGCUUAAACGAGGGAUUUGACUGGGGUAUGGCAGCGUAGUGGAGAUUAUCCUCGCCGGCGGUGAUCAGGAACAUUGCUGUUUGCCCCACCACGACCGACACUCCGCGUGAGAAGACCUGCCUGGCGUACACCCAAGCCAGCAGAGGUCGCGUGCUAAUGAAGGAGCCUUGUAAUUUGCAUACGCGG